GUUUGACCAGUUCUUGGAAUCGCUGCCCAGAGCGCAGCCAAGCCGACGUGAGGACGCCAUGUACGCCUUUGCGCCGAACCCCACCGCUCGCAUCGACUACGACAUGACUUCGGCGGAUGACCCGUGGGCCGUGGACGAGGACCCGCCCGGCCAACUGCCCAGGCAUCCAGCCAAUGGACAGGCAGCUCCUGGUUGGGACGCUGAAUCCUUGCGAUCCUUCACACCGUACCAGGAUUUGCGGCCGAAUACUUCCAAUCCGAUGGGCCCACCGCAGACUUCGCAACCUCCCUUCCAGCAGAGCCCUUCUUACCAGUCUUACCCGAACCAGACGGGCCCACCGCAGACUUCGCAACCUGCAUUCCAGCAGAGCCCUGCUUACCAGACAGGCCCACAGCAGACUUCACAACCUUCAUUCCAGCAGAGCCCUUCUUACCAAUCUUACCCGAACCAGACGGGCCCACCGCAGACUUCGCAACCUGCAUUCCGCCAGACCCCUGCUUACUCGAACCAGCUCCUGGGCACCCAAUCCUACUCCCAGAUGGGUCCCAGUGGCAUGCAGCCAUCAGGCUUCCAGACCACCCCGCCGACCCCGACCCCACCACUGUUCCCUUCGAGCUCUAGCGACCCCUACGCGAAUGGCCCACCUGGGCAGAGCGCGCCGCCACCUAGCUUCCAGCAGCAUUCAACUGGCCCACCUGGUUCUAUGCCGACCCAGAUGGGCCCACCCGGGAGUGCGCAGCAGCCUAACUUUCAGUUCUCAACUGGCUCUGGCCCAAUGCCGAUGAUGGGUCCACCCCCGACUGCGCAGCCACCAAGCUUCCAGCAGUAUCCAGCUGGCCCACCUGGUUCUGGUGGUCCACUGCCGAACCAGAUGGGCCCUGCGCAGACUUCGCACCCUGCCUUCCAGCAAACCCCUGCUUACCCGAGCCAGAACCCGAACCAGAUGGGUCCACCCGACAGUUUCCAGCCGUUUGCCCAGAGGCCGGACACCGGUCCGGCGAGUCCGGCGCCGAUGGGCCAACCAGGUACACCUGUGUCUGGUCCAUUUGCGCAGGACCGAGACCGAGCGCCAGGGUCCUGCCUGGGUGCGCAGCGCAGCAGCCGGUCUGGCUCCAGACGCUCCAGGAUCAUUUACUACGAGGGCCAGUACCCGGGCACCGCACGCUCUGGCCCGCCCUCCGCCGGGCCCCAGUCGACGGUCCCAGCGGCGGUCCCGGCGCCGGUCCCGGCGCCGGUGCCGGCGCCGGUGCCGGCGAGCAUGCCGACGCCGACACGCCGAGAGAGCAGGGAGGAGAGGCCAGCAGAUGCCAAGGCAAAGCCGGCGGCUGCGCCGAAGCCGAGGCACGAGCUCUUGUGGCAGCCUGAUGCCUCUGGGCAAAUGCAGCUGAUCGAAGCCACUUGGAUUCGCCGCAUGGAGGAGAAGUGGGGAUUGAGCUUGAAGCCCUUCGAUGAGCCCUGCUCAGGCUUCCGCAUCGCGGGAAUCACCGAAGGCAGCCCGGCGAGCCGAUGGAAUGAGGACCAGAUCCUGCCGCAGUACACCAUUCAGGCGCACGACGAGCUCAUCGCAGUCAAUGGCGAGGAGCUGACGCAGGUGAACAAAGACCAGCUCCUGAAGCAGCCGCUGACGGUGGUGAUUCUUCUGGCCCGGGAGCGCUGA